AUGUCAAUAAACCAAUACUCUUCAGACCUACCAGAAGAAUACUGGUGGACAGACCAACAACAUACUGCAAAAACCUCAUCUUCUAACCAAGGUACCGAGACCGCCUCUGCCGCUAUGUUUUACAGCAAGAACACAGCUUUUGGCUUCAAUUUAAACGAAGAAGAAGAAGAAUUUGAUGAUGAGAGAGAGAAUAAUUCUAAAGAAGAAUUACAGGAGAAUGAAAUCCCUAAAGAAGCAUUAUUUGAGAAGCCAUUGACUCCUAGUGAUGUGGGCAAGCUCAACCGCCUUGUUAUACCAAAACAACAUGCUGAAAAAUACUUUCCUCUUAACGGCGGCGACUCGGGAGAUAAGGGUUUUCUAUUAGGAUUUGAGGAUGAACUUGGAAAAUCUUGGAGGUUCCGGUACUCUUACUGGAACAGCAGCCAGAGCUAUGUAUUAACAAAAGGUUGGAGCCGUUUUGUGAAGGAAAAGAAGCUUGAUGCUGGUGAUAUUGUUCUUUUCCAGCGCCACCGUUUGGACUGUACUCGGCUUUUCAUAGGGUGGAGGCGCAAAACUGUUGCUCUACCACCGUCUACGGCUGUCACCACCGGUGGUGGGUGGAACCAUUUCUAUUCUGGCCAUCCUUAUCCGACCCAGCAGCAAGGGAUUACUCCCCCUCUCCUGUACCAACCUGACUGUCUUCAUGCAGGAUCAGCAAUGCAGAAUCAGACAACAGGCAGUGGGAACUCCAAGAAGCUGAGAUUGUUUGGUGUGAACUUGGAAUGCCAAGCAGAUGAGCCCGAGCCCGAGUUGUCGACACCUGGUGGUUCACCCAUGUCGAGCCAGGGUCAAGCCCACUACCCCCAAUCUCACCGCUACAAUCGCAUGGAUAUCAAUUUCACUGGAGAUGAUCAUCUAUAUCGCCAAGGAUAA